AUCUCAAAAUCUCAAUCAAAACAGAAAAAAAAUUCAUGCUUUGAAAGUGAGAUAGAGCAGGAAAUCAUAAAAGAUGAACAAUGUCUCAGUUUUUCUGGGUGUCUGUUUUGGUGUUGCCAUUCAACAUCAUUGGAAACUCACUCGUUUUGAUAGUGUACAAAAAGCGUAAAAUAUCCAAGAAAAGCUUCCUUUUACUGGUCAAUCUCGCUGUAGCGGAUCUGCUUUUCGGUGUUGGACAGCUCAUUCUUACCAUUUUGAGCCAAACUUUAAAACCUAAUGACGAAAAACGAGCGAGUUUGUUUUGCAAGCUAGAGGUUCUUCUAACUUAUCAAACAAGCUGCGUUUCCGUCUUCAUCUUGACGAUAAUGUCCGUGGAGAGAUACGGUGUUAUAGUUAAACCAAUCAAAGUCAUGACUAUCUGGACAUCUACCGUAUCUAGAGUUGUCGUUACUGCGGCUUGGAUUCUAAGUAUUACAUUAACAGUACCAAUAGUACCUUUUGUAACCCAAAGUGGCACUUCAUCUAGAACAUGUACACUGGGCCAAGAAUAUUUCUACAAAGUACAAUUGUAUCACAUCGCAUUGGGUAUUGUCAUAAUAAUUGUGCCUUAUGUUGUAAUCUGUGCCAUGUAUUUUCAAACGAUACAAUUUCUGUGGAGUGUGAAAAGGAAGGAUGAUGAACGCGGCACCAGUAGAACGUUAAUGAAAUCUCGACAAAGAUUAACCAUCUUAAUGGUAUUGAUAACGUUGCUAUUUACGAUCUGCUGGCUCCAUUUGCCAAUUCGUCGCGCUAUGGAUUUAUUUCAACAGAACAGUCAAUAUGUUGUCGUCCAUCCUGUUAGCAUUCAAAUACUCUGUGUUCACUCUACGGUAAAUCCUAUUUUGUAUUCAAUAACAAGUUCAAGUUUUCGUGAAUCUGUGAAGAACCUCUUCGAAUGUAGGCGCAAAAACCAAGUUAAACCUUUUACAGCCUUCGUGAAAAAGCCUCAUGUAAUGAAAAUGCAGGAAUUAAUUAAAUAGAAGGUAAAGUGCAAUGUUGAAUGAAUUCAAAAGUAAACAAAUAUUUACAAAUUUUUUGAGUAAAAAUUGCCGAUAAACGAACCUGAAAGCAAGUCUGAUGAAAGAGACUAAAAAUUUGCAAGUGAAAUUAAAACAGGGUUCGUUUGAUAAUGAUGAAAUAAAGGUGAAAUUACUUG